AUGAAGAGACUGCACCUCCAACGAUGGAGCAGCUCGGUCCUUUCGCCGCAGGUCCGGGCUGGAAGUCGACUGCAGCGACGUAUACAACACGGUAUCCGGUAUCAGACGACGACUUCUAUCCCUGCCACGGCUGCUGAGGCCGAACAAUCGAUCGAGGAACAAGCUCCUCCCGCAAUAAUUCGCUCCCCUCGCUCAAAAGUCGCCAAGCACUCCCUCCCUUCUCCGCCUGUCAAGGCCGCACGCGAGUCCGCGAAACUCGCUGCGCUCCAUGCACGACUUUACCUUCCUUCACGACUUCCUCUUGAGACCCUUGCUCGCUGUCUCGUGGACGAAUCGGCUGAUCCUAACCACAACUUCAACAACGAGUCUUUGGCUACCCUUGGUCAUGACCUCCUGACCCAGUACACCUCCGAAUACCUCAUCUGCACAUAUCCCCGUCUUCCCAUGACGGUCAUCUUCGCCGCCAUGUUUGCCUAUGUCGGCCCCAAGACAUUGGCUGCUAUGUCGAGGGAAUGGGGUGUGGAGCUAGCUGCUGCACCUGGUGGAGAGGUCGACCCUGGCCACCUGCAGUUCACGAGAGCCGCCCCAGGUGUCGACCCGAAUGCAACACCCACCGCUACGAACAGAACUUACGAGGAGCAGACGACAUGGCGGAGGUCGAUCACAUCGAAGAUCGUUUACGACGAUGUUUUCGGCGACCCCACCAAGGCUAGCGUUGACCCGCGAAAACAGGCCCCGGCAACCGACCGGUACGCUGCAGGCGUGACCCCCGAAGCGGCCGCCUCCCAGUUUGUCCGCGCUGUUAUCGGCGCCAUCUACCUCCAUGCUGGCCGUCCAGCUGCCAAGCGCUUCUUCGAGCAGCACUUCCUUUCCCGUCACCUCAACAUCUCUGAUCUGUUCAACUUCCGCGAGCCGGCUCGUGAUCUUUCCCGUCUAUGUGCCCGUGAGAACUUUGAGCCCCCAGUCGCGAAGAUCCUCAGUGAGACCGGUCGCCUGAGUCGGCACCCAGUCUUCGUCGUCGGCAUCUACUCCGGCCAGGAUAAGCUGGGCGAGGGUGCGGGUUCUAGUUUGCUUGAAGCCCGGUCUCGGGCGGCCGUUGCUGCCCUCAAGGCCUGGUACCUGUACAGCCCGCUGGAAGUGCGUCUGCCCAACUCGAUGGAAGAAGAGGGAGCCGCCCCCUGGAAGCCCGUUCACGUGGAUCUGGGGGAGGUAAUUGUGUAA